GGGCUGAUGGGGUGGGUGAGGGCGAGCGUGGGUGUUUCUGUGGACACCCAGUCUGAUUCAUCAAGUUUCGUGAAGAAACCAAGAAGCCCCGUGUGUCACAACGCCUCUGGCUGUUUCCUGCCUCGGUGUCUUCAUCCCUCCCCGUCUUUUCCUGUUGCUCCGGGCCGCCUCUCGCCUCUUCCUUCUCUGCUGGAGGGUGAGGCAUGUCGUCGCACAGAAUCAGCGCCGGGGAAAGAGCAGACAUCACAAAAGGAGACAUCUGUUCGCUCUGUCACUCGGUAAACCCUCGGUGGUCCGGGCUUGAAUCGUCUCUCUGUACACAGGUCCGAUUCCAGCCGAUCGGGGGGGUGGUGAGCUGGCCAUGGGGGGAGGUCGCAGCGAGACCUCGGCUCUGAGCGGCGCAGGAGAGGCCCGGGGUUUGACCACUACCCAGAAUUCCCAGCGGCCCAAUGCCUGCUGCUUCUGCUGGUGCUGCUGCUGCAGCUGUUCAUGUCUCACCGUCAGGAAUGAAGAGGAGAGACGGAAGAGGAGAAGGAGGAAGAGAAUAUCACAGGACACCAAGAUGGAAACUAAACUUGAAACUUGUCCCAAGCCCUCGGUGGAGGAGGUCCGGAUGUGGUCUCAGUCGUUCGACAAGCUGAUGAGGAACCCCGCAGGUCGCAACGUUUUCCGGGAGUUCCUGCGGACCGAGUACAGCGAGGAGAACAUGUUGUUCUGGCUGGCCUGCGAAGACCUCAAACAAGAAAUCAACAAGAGUGCCAUAGAAGAAAAAGCUCGCUCCAUCUACGAAGACUAUAUUUCUAUAUUAUCGCCAAAAGAGGUAAAGUUUGCUUCCGACGACUUGAAAAUCUCCAAAAGGUUCAAAGAGUUUAAGAGUUGCUGUGUCGCCAAACUGGACGGCGGCAACAGGAACUCCUGAAACACGUGGAGACUUUGAUGUGCCAGAUGUUCUGCACAUGCUCAGUGGUCUCUGAGCUGAUUGACCAGUGAUUAUUGGUUGUUAGAUGAAGAGACGUCCCUUCAGUUCAGGGAGGCGUGGGAGGAGGGUGGCUUUCUUCACUCCAACACAGAUGUAGUGUGUGUGUGUUAGCACUUCUCAACUUGUAAGGCCCAUUUGAGGACACAUAAUGCCUGAUGGGGCCCAAAGCCUGGGGCCCAUCGGAGGAAGUUGUGUUUUAAAGUAAGGCUCAAAGUUAGACUUUAGAAAUAACUGAAAAAUGAAUGGAAGUAAAUGCAUAGUCCUUAUGAAGAUAGACAGACG